AUGACCACCACGUACACCAUCAAUUUUCAAAACAAGCGUGGCGCUGACAGCAACUAUGCUGUUUUCAUGGAACCUCCAGUGCUCAGUAUUUCGGGAACCUCCCCGGAUGCCUUCAUGAAUGUCUGGUAUUCCACGUUUGUUCCCAACAACGGGUACUUCGAUAUUAAAACUGGUGUUGAUUACUAUGCGUGGGUUGUAACCGCCACAGCCAAACCUGCACCAGGAGUGAUGGUCAAUACUGGGAUGAGCUUGCCAGCUCGCCUGGGCCAAGGGACGACCGCUGGAGACACGUUCAACAUGGUGAUCAAACGCAACUUUCCUACGAUCGCGCAAUCCACUCCCAGCGCUGUCGCUAGUGCAUACGAGAUCAACACGGGAACAGAUUUCCCAGUUCCAAAUGAGAGGUAUUUGAUCGGCCUUGGAAAGGUUAACAACCGUGGACUCGUUGCUCCUGUUGCCUCAACCAACCCGUUCAACAACAUGAAGAUCCAGCUCACUCCAAAGAUGAAGUUCUAUAUCCUGGAGAGCAUUUUUGAGGCGGGAGUCAUUGUCGACUACCAGUCUGUUACCCGGGAAGCCGCUGUGAUUGACUUUACCUUGGGCAAAGGUGCUGGGAAAUUUUACGCUGUCGUGACUCAGGAUGACACUGGAAAGUUCACCGUCCAAUACUUUGACAACUACUAG